AUGUCGGCUCUGUUGAAAAACGUCACUAAUUGCAUUUGGCAUGCAUUCGACUCACUGCAAAGCGGCGAUUUGGUGCACAAAUCGAAAUUGAAGGUUCUUACAGCAAAUAUCGGCACAUUGCUGGACCUGUACGGCGUGGAGAAAGGCUUGGACCACUUCCGGUCAUCGUCGGAGCUGACGUUUGACGAGUUCAGACAUUACCUUCAGCACGAGGUGUUCAGCUCACUGCCGAAGACCGUUACCCUGCCCGUCGUGAGAGAGUACGAGAAGAAGAUAAGCGAGGUGUGCUGGUUCGUGUGCCGCAAAAGCCUGCUGAAGCGCGACAAGCCGGUUUUCGGUGACGAGUCUGUGUUCAAACUCUUCAGGAUAUUCUGCCUGUUGGCUGACCUGGUGCUUGACGCCGAUGAGACGGACCGAUACGUGGUGGUCCUCCAGCCGUCGGAAGCGGGAAUAGUCGCCGAGCAGCUGGUCCACUGCUUGGGGCUGCGCUGGGAUGCGGCCGAUUGGGAGGCGCUGGGCUCUUCAAUCGGCCACUUCAGGUGGGCGGCGUUCCUCGCGGUGCUGGAGGCCAAGUACUGCUGCGACCAGCAGCUGCACUCCGAGGCGCUAGUGGAGGCGGUCGACGAGAUAUACGACGUGUUCAUCGAGGACAUAAUCAAGAAGGGCUACCUCUACAAGCGGGGCUACCUAUUGCCGACGAUGCGCGAGUACUGGUGCGUGUUGCAGCCCUGCGCGCUCACGUACUAUAAAAGCUCGUCGCAAAAGGAGCAGUGUGGAAGGAUCGCCAUCGAUGAGUACUGCUCAGUUGAGGCGGCAGCUGGCGAGGGCAAGCUGCAGAGGUUCCAGCUAAUCACGCCCGAGAGGACUUUUGAAUUUGGAACGCAAGACCAUAAGAGCAGGUUGCAGUGGGUGUCUGCUCUGCGGCAGGCUGCGGCGGUGUCGGGGGGCGCCGAGGGUUACCAGAGGAGGGCCAGGGCGGGGCGGAGGGGGGCGGGGGCGAGGCGGGAGCGGGAGGCGCGGGAGACGCGCGCUCGUCUGCAGCACGAGGUGCGGGCGCGCCUCGCCGCAGAAGCCCAAGCACAAGAAUUAGCCGAGUUAUCCCAGAAAGAUAACAAAAAAUUAGAGGAAUUGAAGAACGCACAAGCAGAACUAGAAAGGCUUUUGCAAGAGGAAACGCAGGCGAAGAGGGAUGAAGAAAUCGUGAGGGCACUACAAGCAAGAGUCUUAGCAGAAGAAUGGGAAAGAAGAGAAGAAUUAGAACGUCUUCAAGAGGAACAAAAUAGAAUGCUAGAAGAGGAAAGACUGAAGAGGAAACAGUUUGAGUUGCUGCAAGCGGAGAAAGAGACACAAUUCAGAGAGGCACAGAGGAGACUAAAAGAGUUGGAGCAAGAGAAGCAGCGACUCGACGCGGAACUAAAAGCAGCGCAAGAGAAAAUAUCAAAGACUGAACACAACGCACAGGCACUUCAUGUACAAUUAAGGGACCAUCCGAUAUUCCGUAACGGAGAGAGGGCCCGUCGCGCUCUCUCGUUCGUGCCAACCACAAAAAGUUCCUCCGACACUUUGAUAGAUGUCAAAGCUGUAAGACAUCUCAAAGUCCUUGACGACGAAGAAAAACUA